AUGGAGAAGAAGUUGAGAAACGCAGCCGUGGCCGACAACUUGCCUCUCGGUGUCUUUCCCGACAACGCCAAUGGUCGAUUCAUCGGACCCUGCGGACAGCGGCCAAACCAACAGCAAGCUCGAGGCCCACCUCAGGCGCAGAACCACCAAAUCCAACAGCAACCUCGAGGUCCGCCUCAGCGGGAUCACAACCAAAACCAACAGCGCCCUCGAGGUCCGCCUCGGCCGCAAGACAACCAGCGACAACAAGGACCAUUGUCAUCGGUGAACGCUUUAAGAUCGCAGCACCACCCACCGCAGUACAACCAUCAGCUACAAGGACCGCCGCGAUUGGUGCAUCCUUACGGACGGCAGAACAACCAGCAGCGACAAGGACCGCCAUCGUUUGCGAAUCCUUACCCAUCGCAGUACCAACCACCGUCAGCGAGACUGCCAUACGGUUCGUAUGCUCCACAACCGUCGUUCGAUCCGAGGUACAACCUCUAUGGCGCCGAGCCUCAGAGUGCCUUCACCGAUCGGUCUUGGCAGCAAGAACUUGCGCGACAAGAUCGCGAGCGCCGUGAGGCUCACGAGCGUGCCGAGCGUGCUGCUGAUGCUGAUCGCCUAGCGCUGCUUUUCACUGCCGGCGUACGACCUCUGCCGGGACCUGCUGUCCCCUCUGAGCUUCACGGCUACCAAAGCACCCUAUUAGAUCAACGUGACAGACUUCUGGCAGGACGGAACACAACACAACUCACCAACACUCAGAACGACACUGCUCAGCAACAGCCUGUCAAGAACGUCAACAACAAGCGUCAGCGAGAAGAAGAUGAGGAUGAUGAAAUCCAGCCCACAUCACCUCGUGAGCCUUCCGUUUCCCGCGGUCGUCGCAGCCGUCGGAGCGAUCCGAAUGAAAACCAAAAGCGGAUCGACAAGAGCACGUUCUUCCAGAAUGGCAGGCCGACUUCAAACUGUCAUCCACGGCCCAUGCGUGAAGUCAAAUGA